GCCCCGCCGGAACAAUGACCCCUCCAGUGCAUUCCAAAUUCCCAGGCGCCGUCCUCGCGCUGGGUCCGAAUCUCCGGGGCCUGAAACUCCGGAGGGACGCCAGCCGCUUUGAAGCACUAAGCCGAGUGCCACCGUUAGUCGCAAAACGUCACCGGUGGAAUGACUUUGUGAGGAGUCGUCGCUUUAUAUAUUGCGCCGCAGCCCAGCCUGGUGAAACGCCGACUUUGCAUCAUCGCCAUUGCAUCCCCCGUCUGGACACGUCCUUGCAUCGCAGACUGUAUUCUUCAGCCAUGGCUUCCGCUACCAACUUCUUCGAGUUCAAGGCGCUUGACGCCACCGACAACGAAAUUCCUCUGUCCAAUUUCAAGGGCAAGGUCGUCCUGGUCGUCAACACCGCCUCCAAGUGCGGCUUCACCUACCAAUACAAGAACCUCGAGUCCGUCUACCAGGAGAUCAAGAAGGAGUACCCCGACGACUUCACAAUCAUCGGCUUCCCCUGCAACCAGUUCGGCGGCCAAGAGCCCGGCUCCAACGAGGAGAUCCAGAACUUCUGCUCCCUGGACCAAAAGGUCACCUUCCCCGUCCUCGGCAAGAUCAACGUCAACGGCGACGAUGCGCACCCGCUGUACAAGUGGCUGAAGCACGAGAAGCCCGGCCUGCUUGGUCUGGAGAGGGUCAAGUGGAACUUUGAAAAGUUUCUCAUCGGCCGCAACGGCAAGGUUGUUGACCGCUGGGCCAGCACUACUGAGCCUGAGAAGUUCCAGGGCAGGAUCCUGGAGGAGAUUAAGAAGCCUGCGCCUGCGUCAUAAAUGUGCAUUGAUGCGUGCAGUGGGACGAGUGAGGGGGAAAAAUGGAUGGAUUGUACAUAGACAAGUAUGUAACGUUUGAUGACAUUAUACCAGAUUAGCAGUCAUUCAGAUUAGCAGUCAUCAUAUCUUAUACAAUUAUGCUCUGCGUAUCC